GGCAUCCUUUCAGCAGUUCCCCAAAUCCCCGCAUGCGCCGGCGACCGUGGACCUCGCCGCCGUUACGGGAGUGCAGCCGCGAUUCCAAUCCAAAUCCACCAUCCACCUGACCGCGUCAUACGGGGAACCAGAAAACCCACAAUUCGACCCCGGCCAGGCGGAGGCGAGGCCAAACCGACCAAAGCCCUGCCUGCUGCCAGUCCGCGCGCGAUCCCCAAACCCCGAUCGAUCAGCCCCGCCGCCGCCGCCGCGGAGCACGAUGCUCGAUUUGGACACGGAAUGGAUCCGCAAGAUCUUCGCCGCCUCCUCCCAGGCCCCGCCGCUCCCUCCCCGCGACGCCGCGGCCCCUCCGCCCGCCUGGUUCCUCCUCGAGCCGCUGGGGUACAUCGCCGACCACGCCAACGCCACCUCCGCGGAGGCCUCCUCCAGCACGGGCCACACCUUCCGGGUCACCGUCUGCGCCGCCGACCCGCUGGGCCUCUCCCACGUCUGCGUCCACUGCCCCGGCCUCACCGCCGCCGACUUCUCCGACCGGCCCACCGUCGUCUGCUCCGAGAAGGACCUCCUCGUCCUCUCCGUCGUCUUCAUCUUCGGCGCCUACGCCAAGGAGGGCCUCAAGGAGUACUUCGUCUACAGGGCCGGGCCCGGCCGGCCGUCCCUCCACCUGCUCCCAGGCCCCUUCCCGCGCGUCCUCACCAAGGCCGACGUCGCGCUCGUGCCCCGCGACGACGGCGCGCAUUUCCUCCUGCCCGUCCUGUGCUUCACGCUCGGACGCUGGGUCUAUGACCUCCAUGUGUUCUCCUCCAUGACCUGGGCUUGGAGCGUGAAGGAGGUGGAGGGGGACGUGUCACCUGGUGCCAGAGCUGAGGUGUCCCACAUCAUAGCUUCCAAGGUGAUUCUGCUCGGAGAAGGCACGGUGGGAUGGGUUGAUCUCUGGAGGGGGAUUGUGGUCUGCAAUGUGCUCGAAGAAAUGCCCGUGCUGCGGUUCAUCCCGCUGCCCCCGCUGAUGCCUGGCCACAGGGAGGGCCCCAAGUCAUCCCCGUGGCCCAUUCGGAACGUCUCCUGCAGCGAUGGUUUGGUCAAGUAUGUCGAGAUAGAGAAACAUCAAAGGCAUGAUCCUGAUGAAAGGCCAUUCGAUGACAUUGACACACUCUACGAGGCAGACUGCUUGAAGAAGCACAAAGUAAUGGGCUGGAAGGCCAUGACAUGGUAUAGAAGGUUCUCUUGUGACCGUUGGAGCAAGGGGUCCGUGGCUUAUGAUAAGGAAAUCUCAGUUGACCAACCAAUGCAUUCAGUGUUAAUGCCUGAGCUGACGGAUGAUAAUGCCGGAGAGUUGACACUAAAGGACAUGCUAGCAUCUUACCCUGUCUCGAGCUUGGCAGAUCAUUGUGAUGAUGUUGUUUACAUGUUGUGUGAAUCAAAAUCUGGCAGCAAAAAGUCAUGGCUGAUCACUGUUGACCUGAAAAAGAAGAUAUUGGUUGAAUUGGCACCAUUUCCUCUCGAAGGAUAUUACAGCCCAGCCCACCCUUCUGAACUGUCCAAUUAUCUGAACGUAACUCCAGCAGAGGAAGAAGAUACUUCAGAAGGACCCUGAGAAGGAGCUGGUGACAAGGGCAUGUGUGGUGCUCCAGCGCCAUCCUCGCUGUCCAGAAACCAACUCAAGCCUCCCUGAGAACGCAAACAUGGAGAUUUUUCUGGUGUCUCAAGCUCUGUUCUCGUCUUCUGCACAACUCUGCUGCUCCCAUUUUAUUUACUGGUCUAUCCCGUGUUUUGCUUCUGCCUUUGAGUGGCUAUCGUUUUAUAAUUAGCGUAGCUUUCUGUGUUAGUUGAAUGGUGUACACUGUUCUGGUUAACUGGUCUUUGUAUAGACCUUUUGGUUUGCUUUCUCUCAAAUCCUGGUAAUGGAAAAAUUUACUGUUGGUCAAAGAUAUGUUGAAGUGGCAGGAAAAUAAUCUGUUAUAUAUACAUGGAAAAUUAAUAAUUUCUUAUAAA